CUCGGAUCAAAACCGCGUGCCGCGGAUCCGGCACAAGACGGACAACGACCAUCCAUCGUGUCAGGUCGCUAAUCACCGAUACAUUACUGAUGCACCAACCAGCUUGGCCAGCAAUAUUGGCACCCUCGUUUCAUCGGUCGACUUUGAACAAUGCACCCUCAAACGUUUACUGCUAUCAAAUAGUGGUCUUAUACCCAAUGCAUGCGGAAUGCUCGUUCUUCUUUGGCCUCUAUCGGGAAUGCUGCGUUUGCUUUGGUACAUAUUCGGAAUAACCCAUUGCUGUCCGGCUCUACUGUAUCAGGCGGCGAUGUGCCUCUUCCAGGCACUCCCAGACAGCACGACAAGUUGGCAUGAAGACUCGAUAAGAGCAGUACAAGCUGUGAAACGAUAUAGCACGCAGUUUCUUGCGCUUCUCCCUGGCUUCUACGCAGCUUCCUUCCAACUGCCAGCAAAGCGUGCUUCUCGACAUUAAGGUGCCACCCCAUCAGUUCUCCGAUAUCCGAAGUUCUCGCCCUGAUGGCACUAGCUCACAGUCGUGCUUCGAGCGCUAACACGUCCAGCCAGCAUGCUCCCCGGCUCGUAAAUCUGGCUCAAUCCCCAGGGAGAGAAGUCCUCACAACUUCAAUCUAUGCACAUCGCUUCUCUACAUGCUAAUGGACCCCCAGAUAGCUGAUAUCCGAACAUACCAAUAUGUAGUCAUCGCCGCCACGUGCUGGGUCGUGUACGACGCGUUUCUCACGUUGGAAGAAGAGGUGAAGCAUGUUUGGACUCGGAGGAUCACCUUGCCGAGAGUGAUGUUUGUGCUCCUGCGAGUCCUAGGCGUUGGGAUUCUUGGGGCUAUGUCCUACUUGACCACCAGACCACUAUCUGCUACAGUAAGGCCUCCGAUCAUUGAUAGAUGUUGCCUGAUGUUGCCUUCAGGGGUGCAAGAUCUAUACGUAUAUACACGUCUACAAUAGCAUCGCGAUGGCAGCACCAGGCGAUUGUCUCUUACUUUGAAUACUCAUCCUGCCGUAAACAGUCCGAUAUGCGCUGGUAGUCUUCACCCUCGUCGUUUGGCUAGCAGGGGCAGCAAUCGUCACCACCCAAACAUACGAAACCAUCUACUUCAUUGUUCCGGGUGCACCUGGUUGUUGGCCCAGACUUACACAGGUCGAGGGGAACAUCAUGGUCGUCCUCUUGAUGAUCCCCGCCAGCUUUAGCUUUCAAAUGCUUCUAGUCCUGCUUACGACGUACAACCCCCACACGCUAAAAGGCGUCCGAAAACAUGCCCUGAACCCGGUUCUUCGCGUCAUCCGGAAAGAACUACUGCUUAAUACCGUGGGCUGGCUGACUUUGACCGCGCUGAAUGGGGCGUUUGCUACGGUGUAUGCGAACAGUCCACUGGCGUCAGCGGGGCUUCCUCUCCUUGUUGCAUCUCAAGCUGUUGGUUACGGCCGGUUAUACCUGCACCUCAAGUCAAGACCAUGGGACACGAACUCGCGUUUUGAGAGUGAUGCACAACAACACCCGACGGACAACACCACAGCCGUAGUAGACCCAGGCGCAACGACAACAUGGACAACUGCGCGGUCCACGCACGUCCCUCAAUCGCAUACUCGACAUCGAGUCACACGCGCGAGCGUCGAGGACGAGAGCGAACGGGAGGCAGCGGAGGUGCUUGCGAGUAUUGACGAAGACUCGGAGGACGAGUCGGAGACCCGAAGAUGAUGAGAGGUGUUAUGUACGGGGGCACGGCGUACAGCGUACAGCGUGAACUGAACUCCGCUCUGAGCGCCAACGCAAGUUUGACUUUUAUCUGCAUGUUAAUCUUCCUCAAUCUUAUAAUCUUAUGUGCUCACUAAUCC